CCUGACAGUGUUUUGGAUAUCCAAAGUGUGAUUCUUCCUCCUCGUUCUUUGCCUUAGAUACCCAAGAUCAUCAUGUCAGAGCCAGUAGCAGUCGCUGCCACGCAACCUGCCCUCACCGAAGACGACAUUGACGAUAUCCUCUACCUCGCCCGGACGAACGAUGCCGCAGAGCUCUCCACCACUCUCGCCGCGCUCGCAAAAACCCAUGCUACGUCUAUCGCUUCAGUAGUAUCGGCAGCCGUAGACCCAGACAGCAAAAACACACCAUUGCACUACGCUGCAGCUAAUGGUCAUGUCGAAACUGUUACUGCUCUCAUCACUCCACUGGCAUCUUCUCCCGACAAGUCCCCCCUGAACCCCCGCAAUUCCUCCCUCAACACGCCGUUACACUGGGCCGCACUGAAUGGGCACUUGGCCGCUGUACAAUUACUCGUCCAGGCAGGCGCGGAUGCGGCGCUGGUAAAUGCCGCUGGGCAUGACUGUGUAUUUGAGGCCGAACUGAACAAUAAAGAAGAGGUGGUAGAAUGGCUACUCAGAGAGGCAGUUGGGCUAGAGCAAGGAUUUGUGGGCAAAGCAGGCGACGAUAAGGAGGACGGAGGUGAGGAACAGGAGGUCGAGAUGACUGUCAAAGCCGGGAACACGAGCACGGAAGUGGAAGUCAAGAUGGAGGGCUUGAAUGUCAAUGGGACAGAUAAAGAGGAGGGUGAACAAGGCUGAACAAACGAGGAAGCUAGGAGACUGACAUGAAGCUCACGAGGAACAUGCUGCUCUAAGUACUGAGCACGGCCUUCAAAUAUGCAUUUCGUCCGCUGAUUUCUCGAGUCCUUGUGCAGAGCUGCGAGGACGUCUUGAUAGACCAGCGAUCACCAUCAGGGCUUGUCCGAAGUACUGCAACCACGAGCCUAACGCUGCCGACAGUUGUAUCUAGGUGGUGUGGUUUUGGCGAUGGUGUGAAAGGAAGAACGGGCAUCGAACUGGCGUGUUUGUAAGACAGAACUGUGAAAUGGCAAUUUUACCCCCGAGCACGCGUGUCUCCAGACUUCCUCGGCUCCACAAAUAACAGCGACAGCAGCUUUACAAGCCCGGGCUGUUGUGGUGUUGCAGGCGGAAACUAGCACUUCAUUGACCAAGUCCGUGCUUGACGUCAGAGACCAAUGGUGAUUGGCUGUAUAAGCUUAAUUGAGGAAG